AUGACCUUCCUAACAAGAGAACAACAUAGUGGUGAAUAUCGUGGUGAACAUCGUGGUGAACAUCGUGAUUAUUUUACCAGAAAUAAUGUGCAAGUCAAAAAUAUGGAAGUCAAGAAAACUGCCUCACAAUUACUUCAAGAGGUCGUCCAAAAACGCGCGCAAGAAAAGAUUGCAGAUCAUCUCAAAAUUGCAUCACUCGAAGUCGAAAAUAAAUUACUUCGUGAAAAAUUAGGUGAUAGAGAAGAAUUACGUAACAACAAUCAACAAUCAACGUCGUUAUCCAACAUGGUUUAUGAAAUUGGUCAAUAUGCUCCGGUAUUAAUUGGUAUAGCAUUGUUAGUGAUUAUGCAUUAUUGGAAAUGA